AUGCCAUCAAAAGUACCAAUUGAUCACUACUUUGACGAAACAUUUGUUGAGUCCGUUAGGACUGAAUUAAUAGCAAAGAUUGAGACCAAUUGUCAAGUCUAUGAUAAACGAGACGUCCAUAAGUUAAUGACAUGCGAUGAUUGGUUUGUCCGACGGUUUCUUCCGUGGAGACCGACCACUGUUGACACUGCCGUCAAGUGUGUCAGCGAUGCCAUGAAAUGGAGACACUUGAAGGCCAUUAACGACUGGAACGACACCUACUUUCCCAAUGAAUUUUAUCGUUUGGCCGCGUGUUUCACUUAUUUGCCGGACAGGGAUAACAAUAAUGUACUAAUUAUUAGAUUGAAAAAUAACAGAAGAGAUCCCAUAUUGAGACCACAUUUUGACGAAUUGGCCCGAAAUUACUUCAUAUAUAAGUGCGAAAAGAUUGUCAGUGAGAACAGUCAUCGCGGGUUUGCCAUCAUAUUUGACUGUCACGAGGCCUCCCUGUCCAAUGUUGACCUGGACUUUGCACGGUUUAUCAUAUCAACACUAUCCAACUAUUAUGCUGGUGCCGUAGUAUACGUGUGCGUGUAUGAGUUACCCUGGAUAUUCAAUCAGAUCUGGAAACUUGUCCGUUCGUGGCUCGACUCUGAGGCCAAAAAGUUGGUCCGAUUUGCCACCAAAAAGGACAUCUCAAAGUUGAUUGCAGAGGAAAAUUUGCCCGAUUAUAUGGGCGGCACCGGUACCAAAGAUUAUCGACACGUGCCUAAGGGUGCGCUUACCAUUGAAGAGAUGGCCCGACAAACCGGUGUUCAGGGAUUUUGCGGCACUGACAUCGAUAAAGUUGUCAAUCAUUUUACUAAAUUAAUCGAUAAUUCCUAA